GACCUUCUCUAAUGACGUCAUAGAGGCGCGACAGGCCUCAGCAUACAGCGUUCUGCCGAGUUCUGGACAGAAGCGCGAAAUGGGUGAGUCGCAGCUGGGGGCCAUGGUAUCAAAGUCUUUAAACAUUACAUUACGGACCUGAAUAUCGCCAUUAAAGACCACCAGCACGUUUCACCCACAGAGCCACAGUGUUUGCAAGAGUACGUCUUUUACCGACGCCCAUUGCUAGUUUCAAAGCUAACGGGUGGAUGUUAGCUAACCGAGUCAGGCCCAGCAAAGAGUCGCGUCCCCAGUUGAUUGUUUUGGUCAUUCACGGCCGUUUAUUAACAGCGAAUGAGGCAGAUGUGAUUAGUGUCACGUGACUCAUUGCUCGAAUAUUUCCCAGAAAUUAAAUUUCCAUUAAUUUAUGCAGUUUGUUAAAACGUUCAAUCUAAGCGAAGCAAGUAAUCGAUAGCUAACUGAAUUAAAGCUAGCUAGCAACCUUACAAUCAUGACUUCCAGGAGAGCAGGAUAUGCUGGCAGCAUGGAUUCUUCUCCCUCAAAUUCUGGAAACCGUAAACAAAGUAUAAUCAACAUUCCCGAUAGGACUGUGGUAGAUUCUUGUUAUGAUCGCAAAGCUGAUAAGCCCGGAUACGGAGCAUCGCAGGGCAGCAUCACCAUAACGUCCCUGAAAUCUCGUCUCGCCCCGACCAUUCAAACGGCCAUGUCCGCUGCCGUUGAUACUCUGCUCGGUGAAGUGGUGCUCGUGCUCAACGAGACUCAACAAGAGUUGCUGCACAAGGAACAGGAGAACGAAAGACUUAAAGUCCGUCUCGAAGUGUCAGAGAGGGAGCUGAAGACGUUACAGGAGUGUCUGUGCAGUGCUCAGAAGCUCAUUGACCAGCUGCAGAUCUCCUACACCGGCACCCAGUCCAUCAGCCAGUCCGUCUUCGCCCCGUCGCUGUCUUCCAUAGCUUCGAUGACUUCGGAAUUGGAGCGGGACCACCAGAACAGCCGGAAUGUCAACGGAGCCGGCGUCGACCUGGGUCUCAGUGGCUCUGUGGACGAUUCGCUUCACGGGUUUGAGCCGAGGGAUGACUACAAAAUGUGCCAGCUUUCAAUCCAACCCGACGGCUCUGUGACCAACCACGCUCUGGACUCCUUCGCUUCCAACACAUCACACAUGUGCUCCGAUUCCGGCAGGCCAGAUGAGAGGGAGUCUCGGGCAUCUGGGUUCGACAUUAAAGAGGAGCAGGGACCCACUUCAGGCUCCUGUCAGCCCAGCAGGAAGGAGCCGGGGCUGCGUAAUGACAACAGAGCCGGGGAGGGGGACCUCGGCUACGGUCAAGUUGGAGGAGAGGGAGUCUCCCAGCGUUCCUUUACUCACCCGCUUCGUCACCAAAGACCUGUGCGAGAAUGCGCCAGUGCCUUGCAGCAGGGAGGACUCGAUGGACAGAAACAACUGGCCAGGACUGCUGGGGGCGGCAGAGUGGACAGCGUUUCACCGGGCAGGGCCGACGACUCUGCAGGGCCUUCGGCCACCGACACAACUGGGGAGCCUUCAUUGGAUCGGCCCCACCACUGCUUGGAGUGUGGAAAGACCUUCCGUCUGAUCUCCAGCUUGAAGAAGCACAUCCGCAUCCACACAGGUGAGAAGCCUUACCCGUGCACCGUCUGUGGCCGGCGCUUCCGCGAGUCCGGGGCGCUUAAAACCCACCUGCGCAUACACACGGGCGAGAAGCCGUACUCUUGCUCCGAGUGCGGAAACUGCUUCCGCCACUUGGACGGUUUGCGCAAACACAGGCGCACACACACCGGAGAGAAACCCUACGUGUGUGCCAUCUGCGGGAAGCGCCUGAGCCGCCUGCAGCACCUCAAACACCACCAGCUCAUCCACACCGGCGAGAGGCCGUGCUGCUGCCCGUUCUGCAACCGCAGCUUCAAGGAGCCCGCGGCGCUGCGGAAGCACAUCCGCACGCACAGAGAGGAAGGCGGUCACAUGGGGAUCGGCGUGAGCGAGGACACAGACCCAGACGCCUUGGAUGACAUUAACAACCUCCACCCGGCAGCUCCGUCCCCUCAGAUGAGGUUUGGGGACUGGGGCCCGGAGGAGGAUGACAGCUCGGCUGUGGACUGUGUGUAGGGCUCGAUUCAGGAGAAACCAUCACCAGAAACCAUGGAAUACGGUGGAUAAGGUCUUCUCUGUUACUUGCUGUUGAAGUAAAUACCCAAGCUAUAUAUAACUGUAGCCUUGGAGAUUUAUUUAUAUCUGGCAUUUACAAUGCAUUACACACCUAGAUAAAAAAAGAGAUUUAAAAUAUUUUCCUCAACAGUAUUUCUUUUCAACAUUCAAAAAGGAGCAGCAGGAGCAGACAGGUUAUUCUUGGCACAGGGAGCUGCUGGUUUGCUAACUCCUGGCAAUAAUUUAGAGAAAUUGAUGGCAGAAUUGGAAACAAGCUGUUGCUUCACUUUAAAAAUAGAAGUGCCUUGAAAAAACCAGCCGAUUUGCUGCUGCUGCUGUUCAAGAUACUUCCUACCUGCAUUUUAAUCUCGACAAAUGCUACAUCACAACUCUGAUCCGAAGUGUUUAUUAUAGUUUCACACUUUUAAAGAGAUUGGAUUUUCGCUAUUCAGUUUUUGUUCAUGCAUGCUUUUGCCAACACCCUGAUCUGCUCAAAUAGCUGGAGGUGGAUCUAGGGCUGCAUUUUUUAAAUUGAAAUUGCAAUCUGGCCCUCUGCAUUUUUUUAAAUUGCAGAAGGUGCAUAUUUUUUAUGGAACAUAUUUGCCAAGAUACCCUUUUACCUUUUUAGUAUUGUGCUGCAGCGCGGUCUAUCCCUUUCACAUCUAGUUUUUUUUAUUUAAGUUUGGGUAUUUUUGACACUUUUUAUUAACUCUAAUAACAUUCGGUUUAUAUUGUUUCCCCUACCAUGAUAUUAGUGGGGCGCCCCACCCCUUGAAGGACCAUAUAUAUACAGUGCCAGAUCACAACAGGAUUCCUUUUUAAGGUUAACUUUCCUAUAGAACAGAAAAUGACCUUUUACUGUAAUGCAGCCUUUAAAGCUAUGAAGAAACACUUACACAAUAGUAAUCCUCUAAAAGCUGAAGAUGGUAUCAUAUCCGGAUUUUGAUACAUUGCCCGGCCUUAUAUUGCAACCCCACAGAUGUCACCACUAUUAUCUCAGUUAUGGUUAAUAUCUCCAAAUCAAAGAGGGUAGCCUCUUUUGUAAAGUCUUCAUCAGUAACACGAUCUCGAGCCGCUCAGACAAGUUGAAAUGAUCCGUGUCGAGCAUUCGCAGUGAUCUGUGUAUUCAUCUGUGGUUUAAGGCGUUGAAAGAGGGGCGUCGUCUCAUCAACAGUGUGAACUCUUCACGGUUUCUCCAGUCUUGGUUUUCAUCCCUCUUUUACAGAUAAUAUCUUAGCAUUCCAUGUUCAAGCUGCUACCGUUGGUCUGGAAAGCUUUCCUGUUGGUCCGGACCUGUAUUGAGGGUUAAAUGUUGACCAGCCACUCUAGCAAUUGCUAGAGGACAGAUUUUGGUGCUCGCAUGUGCAUUUUCUCUGGCGUCCAUUGCCUCCCGGCGGUUUCUGUACAUAAGAAUGUAGUUUUAGCCAUUUUAUCCGGAUGAACGAGGGUUUAACAUUUGUGAAAAAGUAAAAGUGCAACAAUAAUCAUUUUUAAAAAGUACCGUGCUAUGGAAACAUCAGUAUGCUAACAUGCAAUGUAAAUAUAUAAUAUAUAUAUAAACUCUAAUUUAAAAUCUCUGGGGUUGUUUACCAUGUUUACUACUGUAAGGAUCCCCAUGUAACUACUCUAUGUACAUAUGAGUAAUUUAAAUGGCACAAAAAAUGUAAAAUAUCUGUUACCGUAUACCCAGAAUAUCUUGAUCCCGUAUAAAUAUAUUUAUUGUUUUUCGUAUUGCAUACAGAGGGGGCCUUUGCAUGUAGGUUUAGAUCAACAUGGAAUUUUUUCUGGAAAAGUCUGUUAAAAUGUGAAAUGAAUUCUUUUUUUUAUGCAUCUGAUUUCAACACAUAUUC